AUGAAUGGAAAAAAAUUAACAAAAUUCGAUAAUGGAGAUGAAUAUUAUGGAGAUUUUUUAAAUGGUAAAAAGCAUGGAAAGGGUGAAUAUAAAUGGGCUAGUGGAAAUGUAUAUUAUGGAGAUUGGGUAGAUGAUAAUAGAACUGGGAAGGGUCAAAUGAAAUGGAAUGAUGGAUCUUUAUAUGAUGGAGAUUGGUUAAAUGAUAAAAGACAUGGAAAGGGUGAAUAUAAAUCAGCCAACGGUGAAAAAUAUAAUGGUAAAUGGGUAUUAGACGAAAAAAUGUGA